CCUCAGCCAAUCGGAGCGCUCUCUUUGGGGUGGCAUCAAACUCUCUGACCAAUCAGCGAGCGGCAUUUCUGCAUCACCGGCAGCUGUUUGCGUCGAGCGGCACGCGUUCGCUUCAUCACCGCUUUACCGAGGAGCUCGAUCGUGGUCAUCAUGCCCGACAGGGAAAUCAAAUCUCCGGUCUGGUAUCCGGAACGGGAGACGGUGGAGGACGAGUUUGAUCACACGUAUAAAGAGAAAGAAGGGCCCAAGCCCCCCAUCAUCAUCGUGUGGAGGAACGUCAUCCUCAUGAGUUUACUGCACGUCGGAGCCGUGUACGGACUCUUCCUGUUCCCGUCCGCCCGAGCUCUCACGUGGGUCUGGUUUUUGGCGUGUUUCUUGUUCAGCGGUCUGGGCAUCACCGCAGGAGUUCACCGGCUCUGGAGUCACAGAUCAUAUAAAGCAUCUUUACCUCUCCGGAUCUUCCUCGCCUUAGCUAACUCCAUGGCCUUCCAGAACGACAUCUACGAAUGGUCGCGCGAUCAUCGCGUUCACCACAAGUUCUCCGAGACGGACGCCGACCCCCACAACGCCGGUCGAGGGUUCUUCUUCUCUCACGUCGGCUGGCUGCUGGUUCGCAAACACCCGGACGUCAUCGAGAAGGGACGCAAGCUGGACCUCGACGACCUGAAGGCCGACCAAGUCGUCAUGUUUCAGAGGAGGCACUACAAGCUGUCUGUGGUGGUGAUGUGCUUCCUGGUGCCGACGGUCGUACCGUGGUACAUGUGGGGCGAGUCUCUGUGGGUGGCGUAUUUCGUCCCCGGCCUCCUGAGAUACGCGACGGUGCUCAACUCCACCUGGCUGGUCAACAGCGCCGCGCACAUGUGGGGGAACCGGCCGUACGACGGCAGCAUCAACCCCCGCGAGAACAGAUUCGUCACCUUCAGCGCUAUAGGUGAGGGCUUCCAUAACUACCACCACACGUUCCCCUUCGACUACGCCACCAGCGAGUUCGGCUGCAAGCUCAACCUGACCACCUGCUUCAUUGACCUCAUGUGUUUCCUGGGUCUGGCCACAGAGCCCAAGAGCGUGUCCAAAGAGGCAGUGCUGGCUCGAGCUCAGCGCACCGGAGACGGCAGCCACCGGACCGGCUAACGGCGCUCUCAACCAACCGCUAAACCCGACAACAGGAGGACGGACGAUCGGCGGCGAGGAGUGUCAGAUGACUAAUGCUUAUGUUUGUUUUUUUUCUCUCGCCCCCCGGUCUAGCCCGUGACGCUUUAAUAGGGGGAUCCGGCCUGUUUGUGUAGCGCUUAUUCAGAUUUUCUUUCCGGCUUCCUCGUCUCGACAGCAGCUGUAGACUAAGCUCUUGUCGCUGACGUGCCGGUUUGCUCAAUGCAGGAGCUAAACGCGGUGCCCAACUUCUAUUCUGCGUGUCCCUUAACCGAACCUAGCCGCGCGCUCUUAGUAGAAACAUUCACAUCCGUUUAAUUUCCUACAGCUGCACCUUACUGUAUCUGGACUAGACCAAAUACGCUACUCUACCGUUUCGCCCAUACUUGCACAAAUUUCUAAUUCGGAGAAACGCUUGAAUUAAUUGGAAUCUGUAUUAUUGAUUCGCCAUUUCUAUUUUUGACCGCGGCACAAACACGACGCAAAGCGGUCUUUCUGCUUUCAGUUGAGCGUCUCGUCUGUAAGGCUGACUUGUAAUGAAUGAUCGUGAGCCGCGGAGGAUUGAACGGUUGAGAACGAUGGACUCGUGUUGAUUCUUGAUUUAUUUAGUACUGUACGGUGUACAGUUUGGAUUCGUAUAAUUAAUUGUGUGACACCAUGCUUAUCUUCUGAGUUCUGCGUUUUUCAUCUGUUAAUACGUUUGUUCGUGUAAGCAUGCUGUAUUAAUUCAGAACUCUCUCGUCUAUCGCAUAAAACCGACGGAUGUAUCUGUGUAAUUAUAAUAGUUAACGAGUAUUAUGAUGCCAAAAACCGUUGUGUUGCAUGUGACCUGAGCUGGUUUUUUGCUCUAGUUUACCUGUAUGUUUAAUCAAACAAUGUAUUUUUUGCAUUUCAUCCGACAGGUUGCUUGUAAUUAAUUUGCCUGGUAAUAAUCCUUUGAAGACUUUAUACUGUAUUGUGACUGCCGUUCCUCUCACACGGGACAGAUGGCCUUAUUUUUACUCUUGACACUUGCGACUCAAGACGUCGAAAAGCAGUUGUGGUAUUUCUCAUGCCGUUUUGAAGAAGCCUUUGGCUCUUAAAACUAAUGUGACGUUCCUGUUUGCGGUAACAGCCUGUAAUAAUCAAUAGACCCUUGUUUCUUAAUAAUUUACUGGAAAUAAAGUCUGAAGCAAACACUUCUACACUUUCUGACACA